AUGGCCAUGAGAUGCGGAGAGCAGCAUAUCGAAUUCCAGGAAGGAAGCUUACUAAAGAGCAAGGUUUGGUGGAGCUUCAACCAAGCCCAUGUCAUGAUUGGUGGCCAUGACCCCUGUCUUGUCGUUGACCCCGCGCUAACCCCAAUCCAGCUUAGAUGGGGUAGAAGUCAUAAGCGAAAACCCGUGACCUGCCGAGCCCGCCCACAAACAGGGCCACUGGAUUUACGUCGAGCUCGAAUAUUUGUCUCGACAACUCCAAUUCCGCGAUUGAGCAACCAAACACUCAAGAUGACCGAGUAAGUGCCCCAAUACACCAUGUCGCCCAAAAUUGUCCUCUGGCUAACUAAAAAUGCAGGCAACUCAUUCUCAAGGGCACCCUUGAGGGCCACAGCGGAUGGGUCACCUCGCUCGCGACCUCCCUCGAGAACCCUAACAUGCUCCUUUCAGGUUCCCGCGACAAGACCUUGAUCAUCUGGAACUUGACCCGUGACGAGAGCUCUUACGGAUACCCAAAACGCUCUCUCCACGGUCACUCCCACAUCGUUUCUGACUGUGUACGUUUUUGCGCGAACUCUGGGGGGGACUAGAACAUUGGUCCGUGAAUAGUUAUAUGGGAAUUGUGUGCUGAGACUUCCUCUAGGUCAUCUCCUCUGACGGUGCCUACGCCCUCUCCGCUUCUUGGGACAAAACCCUCCGUCUCUGGGAGCUCUCUACCGGUACCACCACCCGCCGUUUCGUCGGACACACCAAUGACGUCCUCUCCGUUUCCUUCUCCGCCGAUAACAGACAGAUUGUCUCCGGAUCGCGCGACCGAAGCAUCAAGUUGUGGAACACUCUCGGUGACUGCAAAUUCACCAUCAACGAGAAGGGACACACCGACUGGGUUUCGUGCGUUCGAUUCAGCCCUAACCCACAAAACCCAGUUAUCGUCAGUUCUGGAUGGGACAAGCUCGUCAAGGUAUGGCAUAAUCAAUUUUUAUUUUUGGCUCACGAAGCAUGCGAGUUUUACAUGAUGUUUUGCAACAAACGUAUUUGCUACUUCAGAGCCUGGGCGACCAGGCCAUGAGACUAACCUUCACCAUUUUGCCCUGAUCGAGAUUCGCAUGCUUCAGCUUCAUAUAUUCGAGGUGAAGAAUAACGAUGCUAACACUAUGUAACAGGUUUGGGAGCUUUCUUCCUGCAGACUGCAAACCGACCACAUCGGACACACUGGUUACAUAAACACCGUCACAAUCUCCCCAGAUGGAUCUCUUUGCGCAUCCGGUGGAAAGGACGGAACCACUAUGCUUUGGGACUUGAACGAGUCAAAGCACCUAUACUCCUUGAACGCUGGUGAUGAGAUCCACGCCCUUGUCUUCUCCCCCAACAGAUACUGGCUUUGCGCUGCCACCUCUAGCAGCAUCAUCAUUUUCGAUUUGGAGAAGAAGAGCAAGGUUGACGAAUUGAAGCCUGAAUUCCAACAGGUUGGCAAGAAGAGCAGAGAGCCAGAGUGUGUUAGUUUGGCAUGGAGCGCUGAUGGACAGACCUUGUUUGCUGGUUACACUGACAACAUCAUCCGAGCUUGGGGUGUUAUGUCAAGAGCAUAGGGGUUUUUAUGAUUGUACGCGUUUGGGAAAGCAUGGUCGGG